AUGGUAAAAUUAGUAUCCUACUUGUCAGGGAGCAAGAAAAGGAUAACGUCGGUCAAAAAUUUAGAGGGAGCCUUGACAUACUACGUGGUGAGCAGGCUUCGUAGCUUGUUCUUUUCUAAAGGGGGCACAAAUUAUGAAAUAGAAAUUUGCUCUUGUGAUGAGUUAAGUGUAAGCAAUCUGUUUCACUCCAAAGUUAUUCAUUUCGGAGGGGUGCAUGGUGAUGAGGAGGUGAGGAAAUUUCUUUGCACAGUUGUACUUCGUGAGGGGCAACAAAAUGUGUCCUCCAAUAAAAAGGAAGAUACAAGCCCGGAGGAGCAGCCUCAAUUGAGCAAAAAUAGCGGACGCACAAGUGAAAAUUGCAGCCGAUGGAAUGUCUUCAUUUUAAAAAUUUUAUUUCUGUUGUAUAAAUAUGGGAGGGGGAAGGAGAAGAAGUAUUUUGGAGAAUUCGCUUCAUACGUAACAUCACUCUUUCAUCGCGAAAAUGGAAUUAUCAAAAGGAAGGACAAACUGUUUUUCCUGAUUUUGUUUUUUUUUCUAAUCACAAAGACGGACCCAUGGAAGGGAAGAAGACGAAAACGCCAUGUAGGGGGACGUUGUUCCCAGUUCGCCACAAAGGCAGCCAGAAGAAAAAAAAAAAAAAAAAAUUGCGACCAUUACAAAAAUUUUUAUGAGCAACUGAGGAGAAGACGAUGUGACGAGUUCAGACUGCGAGCUGCACACAAGUUUCUGCGCACUGGUUUGUGCCACGUGCAUCUCAUCCAAGAGGGCGCCAAUGCGCAGUUGCAUUCAGGAGAGGAAAAAAAAACAGUUCUCAUUUUGUGUAAAAAGUCGCUUCGCUACCUCAGCGAGGUGUGUGCAAAAUGGAAAAGUUCGCAAAAUUGCUUGAGCAAUGAUAACUGCCUUAAUUGCCUGAACAGGUCAGGUGAAUUUGCGGGGGAGGGAAAAAACUUUUCGGUCAAGGAAAAACACGAACGUUUAAAGAAUGCAUCGCUCUGGAAACUGAUGCACAAAAUGAAGCAUAGGAAGGCGUGCGGUUGGGGAUCUACUAUAGGAAAGAGAAAGCGCGCCGACUUGGAUACUUCAAUGGAGGGGCGUGUGGAGGAAGAAGGGAUCCCCGGGGAAGAGAAGCCUAACCCAGAUAGACUCUUCACCGUAACCUGCGUGUGCAUAUACCUGCUAUGCAACACCAACUGCUACAACCAUUACUACCGUCUGAUGAGUCUUCUGAGGGAGAUUAGGACCUUCCACUUACACGAGCGAGUGAAUCAUUUCGUUAACGAGUUAGCCAAGGUGGACCCCAAGUGUCAGCAUGUCUGGAACAUGAAAAAUGCCCUCCUCUACAUGUACGUGGAGAUGUGCCUCAAGAGGAGUCACCUAGUUGUGAAACAAAAAAAAAAUAAGAAAGACGCGCAUGUAUAUUCAAAUGAGGAAAUUUUAAAAUACGUGAAGGACAAUUUCCGCUUUUUUGUUAACAUAUUGGAGCUCAAGUCGUACAACUAUAUGGCCACGUCUCACAUUUGUAAAUUUAAUCAGCUUAUUGGUUUUCUGUGCAUGCGAAAAAAGAACGGUCCUUGUGAAAGCACCUCACUUCGCAGAACGAUGGAGAAACGGUUUUACACAAUUGUAAAGAAAAAUGCCUACUACUACGCCAUGCACAAUUCGUUCCUUCUGGUCCAUCUUCAGGAUAUGUAUCUCUCCCUGGUGGAGUGUUUAAGGGACAGCUACUACUGCGUUGCCGUAAGGACAAACCUGUUUACGUAUAGUUUCGAUUUGGUCAGAGGACAUGAACUGUGCAGUGAUGAUCGGUGGGAGAUGGCGAAAGGUGGGUGGGUGGUGGUUGGAAGUCCCCGGUAUGGCAGUAACCGAUGUGGGUACGAGCGAGCGAACUCCAAGGGCGUGCACACAAGUAACAACCGUCGCAGAGAUGGUCGACACGACGGGGGAGAAGGACCCUUACAGGCAAUGUCCAACACUAUGGAAGAAAUCACGUACAGGGAAGAAGUGCACAUGGGGUACCCCCCU